AUGUUUAGCGGAGCAGCAAACGUGACAGGAGGAAGCGUCAUUAUCAAUCCAAAUUCUCGUCACUAUGCGGAGCUGCACGACGCCAUGCGAAGUCGAUAUGGAAAUGUAUCGUGUUUCCCCCAGGACAUUUCCGUCCUCAGAGACAACUCGAUCAACCUGGUUGAAAGGGUGCGGAAAGCCAACCAAAAUACUGUGAAUGUCCUACGUGUUUUCGCCAGUCACCGUGCAGUUGCUCGCGUCAACCAUCCAUCUCGCUUCCGCGGCCUAGAAUACACGAACUACGAAAGGCGCCGCUGA